UGAUGAGAGACCAGAAGUGCAGUGAGCAUCAACGUCUCGGCUUGGCACCGCCUUCUACUGCCAAACAGCCAAUCAUGGAGCGCUAUACUCAGCCGCAUAGACGAAUCUACCAAUCAGCGCGCUGUUCACACAAAAGUCUGCUCUUCAACUUCCUAGCGGGAAGCGGCUAUCGGGAACUCUUCUCAAGCAGCAGGAAUCGAGGAUACAGCAGUUAUUUAAACAUGAGACUGUCCCGAGCUGAAUAUAAAGAGAUUGUGAGGUGCACUGAACAACUGAGACCUACACGCCAAUGUAUGAAGAUGCUGAAGGACAGAUUUCCAAAUCACUCGCAGUCCACUCUUCUGAGCAUCUUCUCCCUGGAGUACCAGAAACGGACCAAAAGGACAAUCUCAAGACACCAUGCACCAGAUGUUAUUGAAAGCCACUACCAAAGGUAUCUGAGUGAAGCCAAAGCACAUCCCACUGCUCCUGUCCUGCUGGAGUUGGCCAAUGAGGUGGAUCUGUCUCCUGCACUGAUGGCUCGCAUCAUCCUGGAGAGGUUUCUUCAGGGCCUGGACGGUGAAAUGCCCUCUAAAACAGUCCUCAACAGCAUGUUAAAGGAGCCAUCGUUAAUUCCAGACCAAAUUUUGGCCAAAAACAUCUAUCAGUGCACAAUAAAUGACUGCUGUUAUGGACCGCUGGUAGACUGCAUCAAACAUGCUAUCGGCCAAGAGCAUGAGGUGCUGCUGCGAGACAAACUGAACGAGAGGAACCUUUCCUUUCUAGAUGAAAACCAACUGAGAGCUAUGGGCUACGACAAGACACCUGAUAUCAUCCUGGAGGUUCCAGUUGCUGUGGAGGGACACAUUGUACACUGGAUUGAGAGCAAAGCCUCCUUCGGUGAUGACCACAGCCAUCACACGUACCUCAACGAACAGUUCUGGAGCUACUGGAACAGGUUUGGUCCAGGCCUUGUGAUCUACUGGUAUGGUUUCAUAGGAGAGCUGGACAGCCAGAGAGACAGAGGAAUCCUACUCAAAGACUGUUUCCCUACAGACAUUGUCACCCUGUGCCAUGCCACCCAGCAGCACCGACUGCCAGAAAACCACAAUAAGGACAACGAGUGAGAAAAUAUCAGAAGCGGAGCAAUUAAAAAAACGAGAAAAAAAAGUAAAGAUGGGAGAAUGAAUGGAAGGAAAGAGGUAAGACAACAAGGAAGGUAGGAACACUGAACUAUGCAGGGGUGGAUACCUAGAUCCGGAAGCAAUUUGGCUUUCCUGCAGUGUGAGACUACUGGCAACAACAACAACAAAAAAUUCUGCCCUGAACUCCACCUGACCUUCUUUCUCUGUCCGUCUCUCCCUUUCUUCCUCUCAUUCACUGCCCCAAAGCGACCACAUGUAAAUACACACCAGUGUUCUGUAUAUCUGGCAGCACAGGGUCAUAUUCAUACCUGUGUGUGAACACAUCGUCUCGCAGGCUUUUCUGGUUCUGCCCAACACCUGGCCCUUGGAUGGCCUCUCGCAGUGGACGGCCACGGUGCGAGCCAGGGCCAAAGCAGGACAUAAGGCCCUUCCUUAUCUCAGCCAAGCCCUGGCCUUUGUCACUCCUUCCUCCUCCGUUCUGUAGCCAGAUAAAGAGAGGUGCAUUCUGGGGGCUGGGUGGACGCCUGUCUCUCACCUGCGUCACUCAGUGCCCUCUCUGUCACUCUGCAGAGGGGUAAACAGGAUCAUUUCUGAUUAAGGCUGGCCUCACAGUGACCUUUUUCACGUUAUAAAAUCUGUUUUUUUGAACAGUGUUAAGCAAAUGUUCAGGCUGCAACUACAUUUUAUUACAUUGUAUGACUUUUUUCAGAGUGCAUUGUUUUAAUUAACUAUAACUGAACAGCUAUGAAAGAAUUAACUCUAAAUUAUUGCCUUUUCGAUGACUAGUUUUCAUUCUGUGGAGUAUAUAGUUUUAAAAAACACUCUUUUUUACAUUUGUACUCACUGUUUGGGUUUCAUUUCAACUUAGUAUCAUUAUUGAUUGAGCUGUCAGCUUUUUGUGAUUAAAUAAUUUAUCAUUUAGUCAGUAAAAUCUCAGAAAGUCCUAAGCAGUGACCAUAAGACUUUCCCUAAAGCCCCAACAUCUUAAAGUUGUUAGUUAUGUACGGCCUACAGCACAACACUCAACAAUUUUUGUUUACAAUAAUGAAAAGCAGAGAAAAGCAAAUUGUCGCAUUUGUGAGGCUAGACUUUUUUUGACAAGUCUGUUAAACCAUUAGUUAAGUAUCAAAAUUAAAUGGAUAUGAAAUAGGCUGUAUUUGCUGCAGAGGAAUUCUUGGAUCAGAUAAAACUCUAAUUUGAAAACUCAAAUCAACUUUUGUUUCAUCAGUCCCACAUUUGAACUGUGAUAAUUUCAAAAGAAAUGUUCUGUUGUAUUGUGCCAUUUUGAAUAUAUUUAUUAUUAAUAAAUAAGCUUUGAGAAACUG